AUGUAUGCCUAUCGCCCUCCGGCUUCAUAUGCUGCAUCAUACGAAUCGUUCCGGUCCCACUCACCUAGCCCCACCCCGAUGCAACCGGGCUUCCACCAGCACGCCUAUCACUAUGCCUAUCCGUAUGGAGCCACGCCGCAUCCCAACCCGGCCGUCUACAUGCAGUCGCAACAGCUACAUACAGGUGGGACUGAUAUGGCCCGUGCUCGGCAGCGACCGUCUCUAGAGUCUCCAGUUGAGCCUGAGCCCGAGCCCGAACCCGAACCCGAGCCCACCAAGAGAAGCAAUCCGCCCCCAAAGGCCAGCAACGCUCGCUCCAAGGCAUCCCGCAACCGUAAUCCGCGCGAGCCCCCGUCCUCGCCCUCAACUUCCUCUCCGUCGCCGUCCCCGUCGCAGUCGGUUUCUGCCGAGAGCGAUGGACUCGCCAAGAGCCGGGCUGUCGUGCAGACCUACUAUGCUCUCUUCGGAAGCAGCCCCAAGGUCGAGAUCGUGAACCGCCCACAUCCCAACAAGCCCAACGGCGAGUUUGUUGGCUUGCUCCGGCUCCCAGUUCGGCAAAAGAGCCCCGUCCUCAUCGAGGUUGCUGCCCGAAACAAGAAGCUGGCUCGUUCGUUGGUUUUGCAGAAAGCCUCGCGCUACAUCGAGAGCCUCGCCGAUUCAGCCGAUCUCCAGACCAAGACUGGGCGCAAGCUCACGCAUCAUCUGCAAGCCCAUAGCCCGAGCCCGAGCCCUUCCCGAUCGGGUGGGCAUCCCCGACAACACGGCGACCCGUCCCGCUCGGGUCGAUCCAAGGGUCGCCAUGAGCGCAAGCCCGAGCACCGCAUCUACUUUGAGACCAGGCCCCCUGUCCGCGACGCCUCGCUGGUCCUGCCGCCGAACCCGAACGAGUUUGUGGAAAAGAAGUUUGUCGAGUUUUACUGCGGGCGGACCAAGCAGCCUGUGCCCGAGCCCACGUACCACCACAUUCACAUCGAGAAGGGCUCAUUCCUGUGGGGCGUGCAGAUGCUGCUCCCACAGCAUUCCCUUGGCGAGCUGUCGAUUUCGCAAGUCCACGCCGUGGCAACCCACCGACAAAAGGGCGAAGCGCUGCGCCUUGCAUACCGCGAUCUGGCCGCCCGCAUUCUGGAUGCAACGCCCUCGGUGGUCCCCGAGGCCUUCAGCAUCCACAGCAUCCCCUUCAAGAAGCGGCUGCAGGAUAUGCUCGACAACCCCAUUGUCGCCGAUCUGCCCGAUGACCUGGCCAAGCAGGCACAAGAGUUUUUACGCAGUAUCGAUAGCAAGACGUUUGUGUCGGCACUGCCCACGACCCAGUCGAGCUCGAGUGGCCUGAGCUUUGGAGCCUCCCAGGCCUGGGAAGACAAUGAGCCAGCCCGCCCGCUCGCAAAGCCCAUCCUGCCGAUCGAGAUUCCCGUUCCGGACGCUGUACAGGCCUCGACGUUGCCCAUUGCACCGCAGUACCAACAAAUCAUUGCCUCGAUCGAGAGCAACCCCGUUACAAUCAUCGCAGCCGAGACCGGCGCCGGCAAAACCACACAGAUUCCGCAGUAUAUCCUCCAGCACUUUGCCGAGAAGCAGCGGCUGUCCUCCAACCAAAGCGCAGCUGGCCGCGCGCCGAGCAUCGUCUGUACACAACCCAGACGCAUUGCUGCCAUUUCGGUGGCCCAGCGAGUCGCGGAGGAGCGUGGUGAGACGCUGGGCCGUCGCAGCGCUGUCGGCUAUCAAGUGCGUUUCGACGAGGUUCGGCCGACAUCUAAUCCCAAGGUUGGACAACUCGUGUUUUGCACAUCCGGCAUCCUUCUCCGCCGCAUCCAGACCAAUCCUUCCCUGGACGGCAUUAGCCACAUCAUCUUGGACGAAGUACACGAGCGAGAUCUGAACACCGAUAUCCUCCUGAUCAUUCUGAGAAACUUGUUGAAUCGUCGGUCGGAUUUGAAGUUGAUUCUAAUGUCUGCCACGGCAGACACGGUGCUCUUCCAGGAGUAUUUCAAGGGAUUCGGCCUUGUCAACGGCGCCCAUCGCCAUCCGCCUGUCCUGAGUAUCCCUGGCCGUGUCUUCCCCGUCACAGAACACUCGCUCGAAGAUGUUGUGGACAUGAUCGAGCGAUCGCCCUAUUCCUCCGCCCUCAAGGCAAAGUCCACCCAUCACUAUAUUGAUGUAGCCUUCAACUCAAGCUACCGCCCAACCCGGAGCCAUCAUAACGAGCCCGACCUCCCCGUCGAGUUGGUGGAGUCUCUUAUCUGCCACAUCUGCUCUCGUGGCGAGGAAGGCGCCAUCUUGGUGUUCUUGCCUGGGUGGAGUGAGAUCGACGCUGUAAACAAUCUGCUCAAGCGGGAUGCCUACCGUCUUGGCUUCAACAACCCAGACAAAUUUCGGAUACAUACCCUGCACUCGUCGAUGCCGCCGUCGGCUCAGCGGGAUGUCUUUGUUCGCCCGCCUCAGGGCACGCGCAAGAUCAUCCUGAGUACCAACAUUGCCGAGACCUCGAUCACGAUCAAUGAUGUGGUCUUUGUGAUCGACUCGGCCAAGGCUCGUAUCAACAUCUACGAUCCCCAGCGACGGAUCACAUCACUCAACCCCGUAUGGUGUAGCCAGUCUAACGUCAAGCAGAGAAAGGGACGCGCUGGAAGAUGUCAAAGCGGAUUCUACUACUCACUGGCUUCACGACGACAAAAGGAGAGUCUACAGGCCUCCAUCUCGCCCGAGAUGCUGCGUGUUGAUUUGCAGUCAACUUGUUUGAAGAUUAAGGCACUCGGGUUUUCCGAGCCAAUCGCACGCAUCUUAGAAUGUGCCCCCGAGCCACCUCCGCGACGCAACAUCAAUACGGCCAUCGCCGAGCUCAAACUCCUCGGGGCCCUGUCGGCCAACGAAGACCUCACCUCGCUCGGGCUGCUGCUUUGCGAUAUGCCCGUCGAUCCCUGGAUCGGAAAAAUGGUGGUUCACGGAGCCAUUUUCCGCUGCCUCGACCCGAUUCUGACGAUCGCAGCGAUCAUCGAAACCGGCCGCGGAAUCUACUCGAUCCAUCCCGCCGAGAAGGAGCAGGCCCGCAAACAUAUCUUCCGCAACUUUGCGCGAGGCUCCGAGAGCGACCAGGUGGCGGCCCUGAAUGCCUUCAACAUGUUCCUUGAAGCCGAACAAGAGCGCCGAGGAUCCGAGUUUGCCUACAGCAACUACUUGCAUCUCGUGAGCCUUCAGACGAUGAAAAAGACACGCAUUCAGCUUCUCAAGGCGCUCGAGGACUCGGGUAUCGUGCGCAGGAGCAGUUCCUGGUCGCCAGGGCAGAUUCCCAUCGGGCAAACCGGCGGAAAAGAUGUCAAUAUCAACAGCGACAACAUGGGGCUGGUCCGCGCUGUGCUGGGCAGCAGUCUCUUCCCCAACGUUGCUGAGGUCAUGGAUCGCGACGUCUAUCGCGGUCGUGCCUUUGAAAAGAUGCGUAUGCCCUCAGGCAGCGUGCUCAAGUGGCGAUCCAGCGAUGAUGGAUCCUCGAGUGGGACUGCAGCUCGGCGCACCGAGCCGCCACAAAGCAAACAGACCGCACAAUCGACUGCAUACGGCGCAGCCGGCUUCCGAGAGGGUCAGUCCACGGUCCGGACGCUUGACACGAACGACGUCCUCGAUAUCGAUGACGAUGAUGAUGAUUCGGUCUCGGACCUGCAGGACUUGGACGAUGGCGGCGACACUGCCAACGACAUAAUGGAGACCAAACCCCUGCCGGCUCGACUGGUUUGCUACCAAGAGCGCCAUCAAGUCGACGACAUGGUGUUGAUGCGUAAUACCGUCAAGGCCGAACCACUGGCGCUCCUGCUUCUGACCCGCACCGAGUACCAAACGACACCCAAAUUCGAGAUGGGCAACAGCGGCAAGAUCUACCUGGAUGGAUGGCUCGGCAUUGCCCUCGGCUCGAAUCUGAAGGCUGAGACCCUGGCGACCCUGCGAAACCACAUCCAAAACUACUGCGAGUGGCUCAUCAGCGAGAAUCUAAACAAGGGCAACAAAACAGAGCGCAUUCUCGAGAAUGUAACCCAGAGUCGUGCCCCAAGCUCGUCCAGAGGUUCAUCCCGAUCAACAUUGACACUCGGUCCUUCGCAGAUCCGUCAGAAAGGCGAGAGCCUUGUGUCAAUCGUGGCUGAGGCAGUAAAGUCAUCCUAG